UCUCACUCGGUGCGGUGAGCUAAACGUGCGUUCUCACAACCAGCUAUCAUGGAACUCCUUUACCCCUUGUUAUACUUGAUUCUUCUAUCAAGGACAGAGGCCAAGGGUAUUAGCUGGUCUUGCGAUGAUUAUCAAGCGAAUUUCACCGUCAAAGAAGUGGUUGGUACUUGGCAUGUCGUCGCCAUAAUUCCAGAGAAAUUAUUCCCCGAUAACCAGAAUAAACUCACAUGCUAUAAAGUGGAAUUCAGCGAAACAGACGCGGCUGGUCUACAAUGGCUUGUGAAUAACACAGUAGGAAGCAAACACAAAGUAGAUAGGUUAACUAACUCUGAAGGUACCAUUAUAAGGCAACGUUACCAUUCCGAACGGCCCUUCGAUGUCUGGUCCAAGUCCGUUGAAGAUGUGAAUGGAUGUUUCAAACAAGUUUUAUCAUUGGAUACAGAUAAAACUGAACUUAGCAAGGCCAUAACACACGAUGAUAUGAUGCAACUGCAUCUGCUAGAGACAAACGACCAGGCAGGGCCUUUCCUUCUGCAGAUGUUGUGGGGCAGAAUGAUUUCUGUCGUCGUAUACAGACGACAUGAGGGCGUAACUCAAGAGGAAUUAAAGCCAGUUUACGAAAUGACGAGUGAACUCCGCGGACCGCAGAGAAUUCCCCGUAUCUGCGACCGACCUUUUCGAGACGUAUUGAAGGAGAUAUGAAAUUUUCUCAAAUUAUUUUAUAUGACAAUCUAAGAACAUUUGAGGUGAUAAAAAUAUUGUCAUAUAAAAUUACUGUGUGUGCUUUCAUAGUGUUUAAAUGCUGUGCUUGUAAUCGUUGUUUAAAGUAGAAUAUUCGUUAGUAAUAUUAUCAGUGUAGUAAUUACUGAAUUUUGCUUUUUGUAAUACUAUACUUUAUAUUAUAUUUCUUGCUUAAUUGAUAUGCAAUAUACAUCAUG